UAAAGUAGUACUCCUAAGAAGAGAAAAUGCGACUGAAGAGAAGUUUAAGUUAUGGCAUAUGCUUAAACGCGAUGGAAUAAAGAGACGUAUUGAUUUGUGAAAGAAAAGAAAAAAACUAAGGUUGGACCGUUAGUUAGUGGAGCUAUUUCAUUUCAUGAACAUUCAAGUAGUUGCAGUGUAUUUAUGACCUUUCUUUUUCACCAUUAUUAAUCUACAAAACUUUUCUAUAGUCUUUUUUCUCCAAUCUCAACUGCACCUGAAUUCCUUUAACAUCAAACAAAUCCAGAUUUUCCACAAAUCAUUCCCAAAUUAUUAAGUGAUUAAUUAAUUACUUAAUUAAUCAGUAAAUUAACAGAGAAUCGAUGAAUGAAACAGCACCUACAACGUCGUCUUCAUCUUCAAUCUUUCACAAUUACCCACUCAUUUCCGCCAUUCUUGCUUUCACCAUCGCUCAAUCCAUCAAAUUCUUCACCGUCUGGUAUAAGGAAAAAAGAUGGGAUCCGAAGCAACUAGUUGGAUCUGGUGGAAUGCCAUCUUCUCAUUCAGCUACUGUCACUGCUCUUGCUACAGCUGUAGGAUUUCAUGAAGGUUUUGGUGGACCGCUUUUCGCUACUGCUUUAGUUAUGGCUAUCAUUGUGAUGUAUGAUGCUACUGGUGUAAGAUUGCAAGCAGGACGCCAAGCCGAGGUUCUUAACCAAAUUGUCAUUGAACUUCCUGCUGAACAUCCUCUAUCCGACAGCAGACCGCUUCGUGAACUUCUUGGGCAUACCCCACCUCAGGUCAUUGCCGGUAGUUUACUUGGAUUUAUAACAUCAUCAAUUGGUUAUAUAAUAACCAUGUUUGGUAGUUAAUAUUUGAGGAUUCCUUUGUUGGCAUCUCUAUGGGCCAUUGUAUAGAAAUCCGAAACAGUCUCUGGAUCAAACCUUGUUCACCCAGAAAAGUCUAAUGUGUGCACAUUCCUUUUGAUCUCAGCCUGCGUUCAAUUAACCUUCGCAUCAACAUCGGCGAUCAAAAAUUGAAUUGUAUUGAUUACACUAUUUGAUGUAAUGGAAGUAUUGGUCUUAUGGAAUCAUGUACUUGCGAUUUUGAUCCGUCAAUGUUUGAAAGGAUUUAUUUAUGCUAUUACUUGUAGUUUGUUACCCUGAAUAUAUGUAGCUGAUUUGAUAUUAACUCUUCUCCUUUCAUCUUCAUAAGUAAUUUAUUGGCUUAAUUAA